AUGGGCAGCUUGUCACGUGGUCAGCUCAGCGCCACAUCGUUGAGCUCUUACCCGCACCCGCGGCUCAGCAAGGAGGAUCAGAUGAGACACUUCUUCACCUCUCAUCCUCCCAACAGCUCCGUCUCGGUCGGCGGCAGCAGUGCUUCUCGCACAGAUCCAAAGGAUAGCCCUCACCUCGUGCCUCCUUCAGAAGCUGCCAAAGAUCUUAGCGAGCCCGGAUGGACACCUCACAAUGCGUACACCGACGAAGGUGAGUGAUCCUCAAUGACCUCCUUGUGCCUGCAUCUCGCCGACCGAUCUUACCGUGUACACACACCCGCAGAGCUGGAUGCUGUGCGCGUCGUACACAAAGAGCUCAAAGGAGCAUCGGAUCACAUCGGUGAGUCCUCAUGCUUUGUCCAAGAGGCUACGCGCUUGCUUACUGAUUAACAUCGAAAUUCCCCAACUGGCCUUCAGCCGCAUUUCUGGUGCGAGUAGUGAGGUGCGCGCUUCGUCUUCCUCCACGUAGCCGCGAUGAACUUCUUCGCUGACACGUCAUCUCUCCGCUCCCCGCUUUUCAGGACCGGAUUUGAUGUUGCCACACGGUAUCCAAAGCAUCGGGAGAAGUUCCCAAAGGUGAUGGGAGCUGAGGGGAGACAAGUCUCGACCCCUUCCUUGGACGAUGAACGAGCAGCGGUCAAGCCUCGCCGCAAAGAUCACGCGCCCGCAGCCGAAAGCCUGCCAGAGGUGAUGGAGUUGGGGGAAAUGCGCAAGCGCGGCAUUUGCUUUGGACCCGAGCAGUGGCUCAUCCGCAUCGUGUUCCUCGAAACCAUCGCCGGGGUUCCUGGGUUCAGCGCAGCCAUGAUCAGGCAUCUGCAGAGCCUGCGCCUGAUGCGCAGGGACAAGGGUUGGAUCCAGACGCUAUUGGAGGACGCUCAGAAUGAACGGAUGCACCUGCUCGUCGCGCUCAAGCUAUACCGCCCCGGCUUCUUCAUGCGAACCAUGAUCGCCCUUGCACAGGUCGUCUUCACUGCUGCAUUCUCCGUAGGCUACAUGAUCGCCCCUCGAUUGGCCCAUCGCUUCGUCGGCGUCUUGGAGGAAGAAGCCGUCAUUACCUACACCAACAUCCUUCGAGACAUUGACGCGGGUCGACUGCCAGAGUGGGAGCGAUUCCCGGCACCAGCUGUGGCCAAAGACUAUUGGGGCUUGAAGAGCAGCGCCACACUCUCGGACGUCAUGCGCGCUCUGCGAGCUGACGAAGCCAACCAUCGCUUCAUCAACCACACCCUGGCGUCCAUCGAGAGCCAAGACUUUAACCCGUUUGCCUAUGGCGAGGCUCAUCCUACGGAGCGAGGCGGAAGAUGGGGUUUGGAAAGGAACGAGGCUUUGGAGUGGUUUGAAAGAGAAGACGCUAAGCGAAGAGAAGCCAAGGGUCUAAUGCGAGCGGAGGGUGCUACCGAAGCGCAUCCUGUUCGACGAGACAGACUGCCUGUGAAGGAUGAAGCGCAGCGAAACGCCAGCAACUCGUCCCGCAACGCGGUCUGA